AUGUUGCCCCUCGAAGGUCGCAGCCAGUCAAUCUUCAUCGUUACUACCGUCUUUCUUGGAAUCUCAUUUAUUGCCGUGUGUCUACGAUGCUUCGUUCGGCUGCGACUUGUCAAGGCCUUUGGCUGGGAUGAUGCCUUUAUGAUAUGCGCAAUGUUAUUGAACAUCUUGUUCGCUGUAUGCGGUAUCACUGGCGCUUUGUAUGGAAUCGGACAAAAACUUGAUACACUCAUCGAGAGGGGUACGAUGGAGACCGCAAUGUUUUGGUGGUGGCUUGGUCAAACUAGCUAUGUCUGGACUUGCGCGCUGGCCAAGCUCUCCAUUGCAUUCGCCCUCCUCCGCUUGACGGUUUCCAAGCUCCAUAAACUCAUAUUAUGGACUGUCAUUGGUGUCACUUGUAUCAUUGGGCUUGUCUUCUGGUUCAUGUUGACACUGCAAUGCCAACCGGUUGAGUUCUUCUGGCAACGAGUUCGCGUUAUAAUGGACCCUAAAUCCGAUAUCUCUGGCACCUGCAUGGACCUGGAUCAUAUCAUUGCUAUAGCCUAUGUCUACAGUAUCACGGCUACACUCUGUGAUCUGACCUUGGGUCUUUUGCCUAUUGCCCUAGUGUGGAACUUACAGAUGAACCUGAGGACCAAGGUUGCGUUGGCAGGCAUUCUGGGAAUGGGAUGCAUUGCAAGCGCAGCAGUCAUCAUUCGCAUUCCCUUCUUGCACGACUACAAGGACGAGGACUUCCUAUACGCAACUGCCAACAUCUCAAUCUGGUCCAACGUGGAAGCCAGCCUCGGAAUUGCCGCAGGCAGUCUGGUAACUCUCCGGCCCUUAUUCCGUUGGUUCCGGGACCCCAGCUCGAUGGGCGGCAGCAGGAGCAAAAAUAAACGCACCGGCGGCAGCAUACCCCUCUCAAGCGUGAAUGGAGUGCACUCCAGCACAUCGGGUCCACAAUAUUGGCGCCCAGACCUAGACCGAGAAGACCAACCCGCGGUGAUUACGACGAUUCACACCUCAAAUGGCUCCGAAACUAGCCGGACGAGUAGCCAAGAAGAUUUGAAUCCGACAAACGGCGGCACAUUCUUUCAAGGGGUGAAUGUCCAAAAAACAUUUUAUCUUUCGGAGGACCAGGCAUCGUAA